AGAACUUUCUGGCGCACUUUCUUUCUAUGCGGUUACCUGACCUGACCUGACCUUGACCUCUCUCUUCGCCAGCCAUAACAAUUAUCGGAAAAAAAAACCCUAAAAUUUCUCUUCCCUUCUCUUCUCGCCCCCACCACGUCCGUUUCCAUCUCUGAAACAAAAGCCCCAAACUUUUUCCCUUUUCGAGCGCAAAACUUAACCCCUUUUUCCCCCUUGGUCCACUGGCCCGUGCCAUCGAAAGCGAAUUCACACAGAGCGUACUCCUAUAUAUCUCUGUGUUGUUUGGUUUGCGUUUCUUUCAUAGCAGGUCGUAAUGCAAAAUAUGGAGUGCUUGACGUUGUUUUCUUUUUCACCUCUUAUUUAGGAGCAGUGAGCUUGAACUCUUGGAUUUUAGUUAUGGACGUUAAUGGGCGGGAUGAUCUCAAAGCGCCUCUAUUGCAGCCGUCAGACAGUGUUGCAAUUACUAUAUCUGAAACAAAUAACAAGAGGGAGAGGAAGCAUAGGACGGCUAAGUUCAGGAUAGGGGAUAUCAAGUGUGCGUCAUGUGCAACUUCUAUAGAGUCUGUGCUGGGAAAGCUUAAUGGGGUUGAGAAUGCCAUGGUUUCACCCCUUCAAGGCGAGGCCGUAAUUACUUACAUACCUGAGCUUAUCAAUGCAAAAGAAAUUAAGGAAACCAUAGAAGACGCAGGCUUCCCAGUUUAUGAAUUUCCAGAACAAGAUAUAGCAGUAUGCCGACUCAAGAUUAAAGGAAUGAUGUGCACCAGCUGCUCUGAGUCUGUUGAACGUGCCCUUCUAAUGGCUGAUGGAGUGAAAACGGCAGUGGUCGGGCUAGCUCUUGAAGAAGCAAAGGUCCACUUUGAUCCAAAUGUUACUGAUACUUACCACAUCAUCGAAGCAAUAGAAGAUGCUGGCUUUGGAGCUGAUCUCAUCAGCUCUGGGAAUGAUUUAAAUAAAGUACAUCUGACAGUUGAAGGAGUUAAUUCAGAUGAAGAUGCGAUUAUCGUUCGGUCAUCUCUUGAGUCGGCUGUAGGUGUGACUGGUGUUGAAAUGGACUUGGGAGAAAGAAAGGUAAGUGUUUCUUAUAACCCAGACCUUACUGGUCCAAGAUCUAUUAUAAGUUGCAUCCAAGAGGCUGGUCGUGGCUCAAAAUCCUACAAUGCACACUUGUAUGUUGCUCUGAGACGAAGGGAAACUGAGCAGCUGCAGGAAAUUCUGAGGUAUAGAAACCAGUUUCUCUUGAGUGCCCUGUUUUCAGUUCCAGUGUUCAUCUUCUCCAUGGUGCUACCAAUGCUUCCUCCUUAUGGGAACUGGCUAGACUGCAAGAUUCACAACAUGCUCUCUGUCGGUAUGCUUCUAAGGUGGAUCUUUUGUACACCAGUACAAUUCAUCGUUGGUCGAAGGUUUUAUGUGGGAUCAUAUCAUUCGCUGAGACGAUUGUCUGCUAACAUGGAUGUUCUGGUUGCUCUAGGCACCAAUGCUGCUUAUUUUUACUCUGUUUAUGUAGUGAUAAAAGCAUUGACUUCUAACAAAUUUGAAGGGCAAGACUUUUUUGAGACCAGUGCCAUGUUGAUAUCCUUUAUACUCUUGGGGAAAUAUCUGGAAGUUCUGGCUAAAGGAAAGACAUCAGAUGCUUUAUCGAAAUUGACUGAACUUGCUCCUGAAACUGCUCAUCUAUUAGCAGUAGAUAGUGAUGGAAAUUUUGUUUCAGAGAUGGAAGUUAGCACUCAAUUGUUACAAAAAAAUGACAUAAUUAAGAUUGUUCCUGGGGCAAAAGUUCCCGUUGAUGGCACAGUGAUCAAUGGUCAAAGCCAUGUCAAUGAGAGUAUGAUCACAGGAGAGGCAAUACCUAUUGCUAAACGACCUGGUGACAAGGUUAUUUGUGGGACUAUGAACGAGAAUGGAUGCAUACUCGUUAAGGCCACUCAUGUUGGAUCAGAGACUGCACUUUCCCAAAUUGUUCAACUUGUUGAAGCUGCUCAGCUUGCCAGAGCACCUGUACAGAAACUGGCUGACAAAAUAUCCAAGUUUUUUGUUCCUAUGGUUGUUGUUGCUGCAUUUAUGACGUGGCUGGGAUGGUUUAUUGCUGGACAAGCUCGUCUUUACCCCGAACAUUGGAUGCCACAAGCAAUUAAUAAGUUCGAGCUUGCUUUGCAGUUUGGUAUUUCAGUACUGGUGGUUGCUUGUCCUUGUGCUUUGGGACUAGCAACCCCUACAGCUGUAAUGGUUGCCACGGGGAAGGGUGCUUCACAAGGUGUGCUUAUCAAGGGCGGGAAUGCACUUGAAAAGGCACACAAGGUGAAAUUAGUUGUCUUUGAUAAAACAGGGACACUGACACUUGGAAAACCAGAAGUAGUUAGUGAUGUUCUAUUUUCCAGUUAUUCAAUGGAGGACUUAUGCGAUAUGGCUACUGCUGCAGAGGCGAAUAGUGAACACCCUCUUGCAAAGGCUGUGAUGGAACAUGCCAACAGGUUGCGCCUAAAGAAUGGCUCUUACACUGAACAUGUCACAGAGGUCAAGGACUUUGAGGUGCAUACUGGAGCUGGAGUUAGUGUAAAAGUUGGUGAAGCAACGGUUUUAGUUGGGAACAAAAGGCUGAUGCAGGCUUGUAGCAUUCCAGUUGGUCCUGAGGUUGAGGAUUAUAUUUUGAAAAAUGAACAACUUGCUCGAACAUGUGUAUUAGUUGCCAUCGAUGGAAAGGUUGCUGGAGCUUUUGCUGUAACUGAUCCAGUGAAGCCAGAGGCUAGGUGUGUCAUUUCUUUCCUCCGCUCAAUGGGCAUAUCAAGCAUCAUGGUGACUGGUGAUAACCGGGCUACAGCAACUGCCAUUGCAAAGGAGGUUGGAAUUGAUAAGGUUUUCGCUGAGAUAGAUCCAAUGGGAAAAGCUGAUAAGAUCAAAGAAUUACAGAUGAAAGGAAUGAAUGUGGCAAUGGUUGGGGAUGGAAUAAAUGACUCGCCAGCCUUAGUUGCUGCUGAUGUUGGCAUGGCAAUUGGUGCUGGCACUGAUGUGGCCAUAGAAGCUGCUGAUAUAGUUCUCAUCAAGAGCAACUUGGAAGAUGUAGCUACGGCUAUUGAUCUCUCCAGAAAGACAAUGUCUCGCAUCCGGGUCAACUAUGUUUGGGCCCUUGGCUACAACAUCCUUGGCAUGCCAGUUGCUGCUGGAAUCUUAUUCCCCUUCACUGGAAUUCGGUUGCCACCUUGGCUUGCGGGUGCUUGCAUGGCUGCUUCAUCCAUUAGUGUGGUUUGUUCUUCUCUAUUGUUGCAGUCUUAUAAGAAGCCUUUACAUUUUCAGAACACUCAAGGGGAAUCUCACUAUGCCAAGUCUGCAUGAAAAUUGACAUUUUUGCUAUUUUUCAGCCUGAAAGUUUAGCUUUACUUCUGGAACAUUGGAUAUGAACUGGACUUGUAAAUAGAAAAGCAUAAGGUCCUAUUUAUUCUUCCCACCAUAUUAUGCAUUUCUUCCAGUAGGUGGGCUAAUCUCUUGAAAUUGCUCCUUAACUUAGUAUGUUGUGGAGGGUGAGAAUGGGCACCGAAAGACCGCUGCAUUUUCCAGACAACAGAUUAGUUAUAUUUUGGUAGUUUGCUGA